UAUAACAUAUAGUGUGUACAUUCGCCCUGUAUAUUUACUAUUUUAUAUCAGUAUGUUUGGACCAGGAAGCUUGUAAACACUGUACAUGAACUUAAACAUGUAUACAUACGGCAGGAUGUCUGAUAUUUACCUACAAAAACAAAUUAUUGGUGUCUCUCACCGUGAACUCAGCUUCUACUUGUUCAUCGUUCUCCUUACAAUCCAAUCAUCGACAGAUGCUGUCACAUUGACGGGGUCGUCUGGGUACGCUGUCCCCGGGAGUGAGUUUACACUGACGUGUGACGUACCAAAGGAGGCAAACAGUGUCCAGUUGUACCGCCGUCCUGACGUGACUGCUAUACUAGGUUAUAUACAAGUAGCUGUUGGUCAAUGUUACAACACCGCUCCUACUACUCCUGUGCUCUGUAGCCCGGAUGUCUGCUCCUGUACUACCACCUCGACUAACUACGGUACAGUGUUCCAGUGGGUCAUACAGCCACAGACAGGGGACCAUGUAUCUGUGUGGUAUUGUCGUCGUACCAACCCAACUCUACCUGAAGCUGACAAGGUUGUAAACAGUCCUGACUACACGCUUAACGUGGCAGCUUCGAGCUAUGGGGAAUUUCCCUUUAGCUCAGUGGUAGAGCGUCCGAAUAGGAAGUCUUGGAUCGCGGGUGCGAUCUCCGGUGGAAUCACACUACUCUCCCUGUUACACAUGAAUACAUAA